AUGUCUCCUGCACGAUUCACCAACAAACUUAUCGGCCAGCGGGUUCUCCUGGUUGGCGGUACAGGAGGAGUUGGAGUCAGUGUUUCUCAGGGCCUCAUCGAGUUUGGUGCCACCGUUAUUCUAUCUUCCUCCCGAGAAGAAAAGGUCAGCACCGUUUGCGCUGCUCUGGUCAACGACUAUCCCGAAGCCAAAGACCGGGUAUUUGGUUUCGCUUGUGACCUGGCCAGUCCCAACGUCGAAAGGAAUGUCGAAGAGCUAUUCAGGAAGGUCGGCGAGGUCGAUCACAUCGUGUACAUGGCUGGCGACCGCUUGCCUAUGGUCCCACUGGAGGAGGUCACGCUCGAGAAAUGGCAAAAGUGCAACCAAGUCCGCACCAUUGCCGCCAUCCUCGUGGUCAAGAUCGGAAGCAGAUACAUGAAGAAAGACCGACACUCGUCGAUUGUCCUUACUGGUGGCUCCAUUUCGGAGAAGCCAAUUGCUGGCGGGUGGUCGAUGCUGUCCCUGAUCGGAGCAGGGAUCAAUGGUCUGGCAAGGCAACUCGCUUUCGAUCUCGCUCCGGUUCGAGUCAAUGCAGUCGCCCCCGGGAUCAUCGAGACGGACUUGUGGCAAGGAAUGGGCGAGGAAGGGAAAAGGGCGUUCUUUGCAGAUCAUGAAAGCAAGAUCCCUACUGGAAAGGUUGGACAACCAGAGGACUUGGCCGAGGCGUAUCUUUAUUGUCUGAAGGACUUGAACGCGACGGGGAUUGUUGUGCAUUCCAACAGUGGGACAUUCCUGAUGUGA